ACCCCCGCCCGCUGCACCCUUACAGAAUGAAGCCACCACCUCUCCGCCCAGCGAUUUAUAGCAGCUGCCGAGGCGCCUUCAGACACAUUCGGUCUCCUAAAAGUGAUCCAAAAUGACGAUGAAACUGGCUUACUGGGACAUUCGUGGGCUCGCCCAGCCCGCCCGUCUGCUGCUGGAGUACACGGGCUCCAAGUAUGAGGACAGGUUUUACAUCUGUGGAGAUGCUCCCGACUACAGCAGGAAAAGCUGGUUGGAUGUAAAAGACAAACUUGGGAUGCACUUCCCCAAUCUGCCGUACUUGGAGGAUGGGGACAGGAAGAUCGUGCAGAGCAAUGCUAUCAUGAGAUACAUCGCUCGUAAGCACAAUAUGUGUGGAGAGACAGAGGAUGAGAAAGUCCGCGUGGACUUCUUGGAGAACCAGGCGAUGGACUUCAGGAACGGCUUUGUGCGGCUUUGCUACUCUGAUUAUGACAAUAUGAAGGCAGGUUACCUGGAGAAUCUGCCAAAGCUACUGAAGCAGUUCUCAGAAUACUUGGGGGACAGGAAGUGGUUUGCUGGUGACAAGAUCACUUAUGUGGACUUCAUCAUGUACGAGCUGUUGGACCAACACAAGAUGUUCCAUCCCACGUGUCUGGAUGACUUCAAGAACCUCCAAGAUCUUCUAACCCGUUUCGAGGCUCUCGAGAAGAUCGCUGCCUACAUGAAGUCAAACAGAUUCAUGAAGACUCCCGUCAACGGCAGGGUGGCCAAGUGGGGAAACAAGAAAGAGUAGAAGGCAAUGACCACACGUGCAACUAACCAAUAAAUUCAAGAUUAGAGAAACAA